AUGAAGGCUGCCAGAGGGACAUUUGCAAUUUUCCUUCCUUUGGCCCUGGCUUUUCUCCUGUCUUUUGCUGCUUGCACUGAGUCAAGGACGUCGAAGGUGAAUGGAAAAAGGCAGCAGGCUGCAAUUUUUUCAAGGUCUCAUGUGAAUGGAAAAAAGUUGCAGCAUGCAAAAGCAGGCGAGAACAAAGCUUUGUAUUCAGAUAGAGCAAGAAAGGAUUCGUCGAAUACGUGGUGCAUUGCUAAGCCUUCCAUAGAUAAUGAAAGACUUCAGCACAACGUGGAAUACAGCUGCGCACAAGCUCAUGUCAACUGUAGUAGCAUUCAGGCCGGAGGUAGCUGCUUCCAUCCAAACAAUGUAAACUCACAUGCCUCUGUUGUCAUGAAUCUCUUCUACCAGACUGCCGGGAAGCACCACUGGAACUGCCAUUUCAAUGCAACUGGUCUCAUCGUCUUUGUCAACCCAUCUUUUGGCAAUUGCCAGUAUCCAGCUUGAUUAGAGAGCUCAGGGAUAAGAAGUACUGAAGAAAUUAAGAACAUACUCAUGUUUCAGUCGAAUAAGUCAGAAGGUUGUCACAGUAGUGGUUGUAAUGGAUGAGAUAGACAAAGCUCGAUACUGAAUAAGAAACAAAAGGCAGUCGUGGUUUUUAUUUUGGCAUAAU